GAUGUAACGCUAGCGCUACUACCUUGAGACGCAGUCACUAUUUGCUGAGACGAGCACCUGUUGUUGCCAUGGAGACCCUGGAGGCCACCUGUGUGCACAUCACCGUGGCUCCCGUCACCCAAAGCCAUUUGCAUACUUUACAAGUGGAGGUAAAAGGACACGACACAGGCGGGGCCCGGCUGUGUCGGAGCCGCAAAGAAGCCAAGAGACGCUUUUGGAGAUGCCUUGAUGGCCCAUCGGCCGAAGGAUUUAUUAAGUGGACUGGUUGCCAUAGAGACGCAUUGGCGGGAUAUUGCCGGAAUAAGGUGUAAUGGGUCUCCUGACGCAAUUCGCUCUGCUCCUGUGGAAGAACUUCACUCUCCGGAAGAGACAAAAGGUGCGCUUGGUUGUGGAAAUUGUUUGGCCUUUGUUCCUCUUUUUCAUCCUGGUGUCGGUGCGCUUCACCACCGAGCCGACCCACAAGGGCCAAUGCCACUAUCCGAAUAAAGCCAUGCCAUCGGCCGGGGUGCUUCCUUGGAUUCAAGGUUUGGUGUGCAACGUCGACAAUCCCUGUCUGAGUCAUCCAACGCCAGGGGAGGCACCGGGACAAGUCAAUAACUUUAACAACUCAAUAAUUUCCAGGGCGCUGAUUGAGUUGCAGAGCCUCCUGAUGAACAAAUCCAUCCUCGGCAACGCCCAACGACUGGCUGACGACGUCACCCAGUGGGCCGCAAUCAUGUCGCGAGCUGACGCUCGGAACGGACAACCGGUUCAGCUGACGACUAUUCUGAGCGAUGACGAAACGUUCUCAGCGCAUUUGAGAGAGAAUUUGUCAAUGCCGCUUCCAGUGGUCGAGAGCCUCAUGGCUGCCAACAUUUCUGUCAACUCGAUCCCAGUCCCUGCGCCUGGUACCCUUGGGAGCUUCUUGUGUGAUGACAAAGACCUGGACCGCUACAUCCAUUUUCGCAGCCCGAUGGAACGGGAGGCCUUCCAGAAUGCCAGCUGCUCCCUGGCCCCCCAGCAGCUCAGUGACAGCCAGCGAGUGCUCCUGCAAAACCUGGACCCGAACAAAGUCUUGGCUCAGCUGCCGUCAGCUUUGGAUUUGGAUGCCGUUGACGUGACGGUGCUGCUUGCGAGAACAACGGCGAACGCCCUCCCCGUUCUACAGGAGGUGAGCCGUUUGCAGGACUCCAUGAUCCUUGCCUGGUCGCUGGAUUUCCAGGGGGACAUGAUUGGCAGCAUCAAUAUGCUUCUCUGCGGAAAGCAGCUUGACUCCAAUUCCACCAACGUGACCCUCGACUCCCUGUCGCUCAGACGAGCGGUUAGCAAGCAGUCAAUCACGAGCGACCGCAACACUUCCAGUUCUUUUUGUCAAACCUUCAUUGACACUCUGGAGGGAACCCCGGGUCUCCGUUACCUCUGGAGCACAUUCAAGCUCUUUUUCCGAGGAAAAGUCCUUUUCACACCUGAUUCCCCGGCAACACGCCUCAUCGUGAAAGAGGCUAACAACACCUUCAAUGCCUUGGCGAUGCUGAAAGAAAUGGCCGACGCUUGGGACGAAUUGGGGCCGCGUGUUUGGGAUUUCUUUCAGAACAGCCAGCAAGUCAACGCAAUACGGAAUUUGCUGGCCAAUCCGGUGUUUGCCGCCGCCCUGGACCAACGUCUUAACGGCACUGGCUGGACCGCCGCUCUGUUGGCUAACUUCCUCUACAACGGCGCCCCCGAGGAUCGACCCAGCGGGGUCCCACCCCACGACUGGCGGGACCUUUACAACGCCACCACCCAGACUCUUCAGCUUCUGUCCGACUUCCUCGGCUGUUUGGACUUGAACAAGUUUGAUGGCGCUCCCAGCGAAAGCCAGCUGGUGGGCAAAGCACUGGAGCUCCUCAAGAAUGACACUUACUGGGCCGGCAUCGUGUUUGUCAACCUGCUGCCCAACGCCAGCCGAGUCCCUCCUCACGUCCACUACAAGAUCCGCAUGGACAUCGAGGAGGUGGAGCGCACCAACAAAAGAAAGGAACGGUCAUGGUCUCCGGGGGCCCGAGACAACUCUUUUAACGACCUGCGUUAUAUACGAGGAGGCUUCGCCUACCUGCAGGACAUGAUCGACCACGGCAUUGUACGAACGCAAACAUCCACCACCCAACCCUUCGGCGUUUUCGCUCAGCAAAUGCCGUACCCUUGCUACGUGGAUGACACGUUCCUUCGGGCUCUGGUGCGCUCGCUGCCCUUAUACAUGACACUGGCCUGGAUCUACUCAGUGGCAAUGGUCGUUAAAAGUAUCGUUAUGGAGAAAGAAGCCAGGCUUAAGGAGACAGUGAGGAUCAUGGGCCUGACAAGUGCCAUCGACUGGCUGAGCUGGGCCGUGUCCAGCGCACUGCCGUUGGCCAUCAGCUCGCUGCUCCUUGCGCUUAUUCUCAAGUACGGCAAAGUGCUGCAGUACAGUGACCCCACAGUCAUCUUUGUCUUCCUGUUGGUGUUCUGCCUGACCACCGUCACCCAGUGCUUCUUCAUCAGCGUCUUCUUCUCCAAGGCCAACUUGGCGGCGGCGUGCGGCGGACUCAUCUACUUUGUCCUCUACCUGCCGCACGUCCUUUGCUACGCCUGGAGGGAUGUCCUGGGUUUCGGAGCCAAGGUUGCCGUGAGUUUAUUGUCCUGCGUGGCGUUCGGUUUUGGCUGCGAGAGCUUCUCCAAAUACGAGGAGCAAGGUGUCGGCAUCCAGUGGUCCAACAUGAGCCAGAGUCCCGACGAGGACGAGCGCUACACCUUCCUCGUAUCCAUCGCCAUGAUGCUGUUUGACGCCGCCCUCUACUGGACGCUCACUUGGUACAUCGAAAACGUCUUCCCAGGCCAGUAUGGGAUCCCCAGGCCAUGGUACUUCCCAUUCACGGCAUCUUACUGGUGUGGCAGGCCCUCCGUGCCUGGCGACCACUUACAAAAGGACGCCGCCGGCUGCUUGCACAAUGAUUACCUGGAAAAAUCGGACCCCAAUCUAAAAGUUGGGGUGUCAGUACGCAACCUGGUCAAAAUCUACAAAACUGGAAACAAGCUGGCUGUGGACGGGCUGAGUGUCGACUUCUACGAGAACCACAUCACCUCCUUCCUGGGCCACAACGGAGCUGGAAAAACCACCACCAUGUCAAUUCUGACGGGGCUCUUCCCGCCCACGUCGGGCACGGCCGUCAUCAACGGCUACGACAUCCGCACAGAUGUGGAUGGCGCCCGGCGGCACUUGGGCAUGUGCCCCCAGCACAACGUCCUCUUCAAUGAGCUAACAGUGGAGGAGCACAUCUACUUCUACGGCCGUCUGAAGGGACGCAGUCGCGCCGAGGUGGACGCCGAGAUGGAGCAGAUGAUCCGGGAUGUCGGCCUGCCACACAAGAGACGAGACCUGGCUAAGAACCUGUCAGGCGGUAUGCAGAGGAAGCUGUCGGUGGCCAUCGCCUUUGUUGGAGGAUCAAAAGUUGUGAUCUUAGACGAGCCCACAGCGGGGGUGGACCCUUACGCCCGCAGGGGGAUCUGGGAGCUGCUCCUCAAAUACAAACAAGGCCGCACCAUCAUCCUGUCCACGCACCACAUGGACGAGGCGGACAUCUUGGGCGACCGCAUCGCCAUCAUCGCCCACGGCAGGAUGCGAUGCUGUGGCUCGUCCCUGUUCCUGAAGAAACGCUUCGGCACAGGCUACUACCUCACCCUGGUCAAGGAGCGGGAACGUCCUUCAAGAAGAGGCGGUGCCCACGACCACGCCGCCAUCGGGAGUCGAACCUACAGCGGAGUCCAUCCUGCAGAUUUGACAGCGCUGGGUCAGUUGGUGCAUCACCACGUCCCGCGGGCGCUGUUCUUGGAGCGUAUCGGCCAGGAGCUCACCUACGUCCUGCCCUACGACGGCGCCCACGACGGCACAUUUGCUCGGCUCUUCCAGGAUUUGGACCUGGCCUUGGCCGACCUGGGUUUGACUAGCUAUGGCAUCUCUGACACCACGCUGGAAGAGAUUUUUUUGAAGGUAGCUGAAGACACAGGAGUCGAUGCAGCAGACAUUUCAACAACGAAGCGGAAUAGCAUCUCGGCUACCGCCGUUCACCCCGAAACGGAAAAGGAGGCGAGCGGUGACAUGGAAAUGUUUGCUAGUCAAGUGGAAGGUUUACAGAGGGACGCCAGGGUCAGCGGGAGGGGCUCGACGGUCCUCGGCGGAUGGGAGCUGAUCAGGAGGCAGUUCUUGGCUCUCUUCAUCAAGCGUUUCCACCACGCCCGGAGGAGCCGCAAGGGACUCAUUGCCCAGGUGGUCUUGCCUGCUGUUUUUGUGUGCCUCUCUCUGAUCUUCUCACUCAUCGUUCCACCAUUCUCCGAAUACCCCAGUCUGGAGCUGCAACCCUGGAUGUAUGGCACGCCUCAGACCACCUUCUUCAGUAACGACGCACCAGGAAACGCAGAGGUGUCUGAAGUGGUGGAAACCCUAGUGAACGAUCCUGGCUUUGGAACACGUUGCAUGGAUGGCGACCCAAUCCCGGGGUUACCUUGUGUCUCCCGCAUCUCCCAUUGGCUCACGCCAUCUGUGGACCAGUCGGUGGCCGAUGUCUUUCUGGAGGGCAACUGGAGCAUGUCCAACCCUUCCCCUUCUUGCCAGUGCAGCACUCCUCAACACCAAAUCAUGCUGCCCGACUGUCCGCCCGCUGCAGGGGGGCUCCCGCCUCCUCAGAGAAUCCAGAACACAACCGACAUCCUCCUGGAUUUAACGGGACGAAACGUGACCGACUUCCUGGUGAAGACUUUUGAGCAGUCCGGCAAAACCAGGUACGGCGGGAUCUCUGUUGGAGCCGUUAACUCCCAAGUCCUCCUGAGCGAGGCAGCAAUCGAAGCCACGUUCCAGAACCUGAACGAUAUCUUUAAUUACUCCCAGGACAACGUGACGGACAAGCUCCUCCGCACGGCCGAGACGCUGCUCAAGAGGCUGGGAACCAAACACAAUCUGAAGGUGUGGUUCUACAACCAGGCGUGGCACGGCGUGGUGUCCUUCCUCAACGUGGCCAACAACGCCAUCCUGAGGGCAGGCCUGCCGGCGGGAGCUGACGCCCGGCAUUACGGCAUCUCAGCGUCCAAUCAUCCCCUCAACUUGACCAAGGAGCAGCUGUCCUUCGUGGCCUUGGCCUCGAGCUCCACCGAUGUGGUGGUGUCCAUCUGCGUCAUCUUCGCCAUGUCCUUCAUCCCCGCCAGCUUCGUCCUCUUCCUCAUCCAAGAGCGAGUGAGCAAAACCAAGCACCUGCAGUUCGUCAGCGGCGUCAACCCGGCCGUCUACUGGUUGGCCAAUUUCGCCUGGGAUGCGUGCAACUACGCCAUUCCGUGUGUCAUCGUAGUCAUCAUCUUCCUGUGCUUCCAACAAGAGGCGUAUGUCUCCGCACCCAACCUGCCCGCUCUGGUUCUGCUACUGCUUUUCUACGGGUGGUCGAUCACACCUAUGAUGUAUCCAGCGUCGUUCGUAUUCAGCGUGCCCAGCACCGCAUAUGUGGUGCUCACCUGCGUCAACCUCUUCAUCGGCAUCAAUGGCAGUGUGGCCACCUUCGUCAUGGAGCUUUUUGACGACCGCGACGUGUCAUACAUCAAUGACAUCGUGAAACAAGUGCUCCUCAUCUUCCCUCACUUCUGCCUGGGCCGAGGACUGAUUGACAUGGCCAAGAACCAGGCCAUGGCCAACCUCUUCAGCGGCUUCGGCGAGGAUCGCUUCAAGGAGCCGCUUAGCUGGGAGAUGGUGGGCAAGAAUCUGUGCGCCAUGUCCAUCCAAGGAGCUGUCAUGUUUGCCGUCACUCUUCUCAUUCAAUACAAGUUCUUCUGUAAACCCAGGUUUAUUUCAACCAAGUCGUCAUCCGAGGAAGAAGAGGAUGUGGAUGUAGCUCGCGAACGGGAGCGGGUGUAUGCCGGGAAGGCCCAGAAUGACCUUUUGAGGAUCUAUGAUUUGACCAAGGUGUAUCCGGGGAAGCGCAUCCCCGCUGUGGACCGGCUAUGUGUGGGCGUACCUACAGCUGAGUGCUUCGGCUUGCUGGGAAUCAACGGGGCCGGGAAGACGACCACCUUUAAGAUGCUGACUGGCGACAUCCCGGCUUCCAGUGGCGAGGCCUUCCUCAAUGGAUACAGCAUCAGGACGGAAAUGAGCGCUGUGCACCAGAACAUGGGCUACUGCCCCCAGUUCGAUGCCAUCAAUGACCUGCUGACAGGCCGAGAGCAUCUGGAGUUCUACGCCAGGCUGCGAGGGGUUCCGGAAAAGGAGGUUGCAAUGGUGGCCGAGUGGGGCAUUCAGAAAUUGGGCCUGGUGAAGUAUGCCACCAAGCCGGCCGGCACCUACAGUGGAGGCAACAAGCGCAAACUUUCCACCGCCAUCGCCUUGAUCGGCUGUCCCCCGCUCAUCUUCCUGGAUGAGCCGACCACUGGGAUGGACCCCAAAGCCCGGCGCUUCUUGUGGGACUGCAUCCUGAGCGUGGUCAAGGAGGGACGCUCUGUCGUUCUCACCUCACACAGUAUGGAGGAGUGUGAAGCGUUGUGCACACGCAUGGCCAUCAUGGUAAACGGACAUUUCAAAUGUCUCGGCAGCAUCCAGCAUCUGAAGAGCAGGUUCGGCGACGGUUACACGGUGACGGUUCGCGUGGGCGGCCACCCUCCGCUCCUGAAGCCAGUGGAGGACUUUGUGGAUCAGACGUUCCCCGGGAGCGUCCUGAAGGAGAAGCAUCACAACACCCUGCAAUACCAGCUGCCGGCUGGCCAGGGGGCGCUGGCGCACAUCUUCCGACAAUUCACCGACCAGCGAGGCACACUCUGUGUGGACGACUACUCCGUGUCGCAAACCACCCUAGACCAGGUCUUUGUGAAUUUUGCGAGCCGGCAGCAUGGUGAGGACGACUCUCAGAGCUACGAUAACUCGGUGGACACCUCCGACGAGCUCCAGAUGCAGUCGGCCGAGACCUCCCCGGGGUCCUACAAGGUCUAGCGCCCCAUAAAUCAAAAAAAAAGACUUGCACAUUGCACUGAACUGUGGAUCAACCAUGUCAUUAUUUAUGUUUACAUAUAAAUCUGUACUGCAUUUUAUUGUCCAUCUUGAAUCUGCUUCCUGACUAUCGCUUGAUUAAACUUGUAUUUGCAAAAAAACAAAAAAAAUGCUGUUGGCUAGUGUAAUAAAGGAUGCCAGCA